UAGACAUGAUCGGGUGGUGGUUUACCCGAAUAUGGCUCAAAAUUGUCUAAAGAAAAAGGCCUCUCCUCAAUUCCUCUGCUUGGAGCCCAAGAGCCAACCAUAUCGAUCCCCCCAAAAAAUCUUCCUCAUUCCAAAGGCGUGGGAAAGGGGAUUCUGACACGCUCUCAACAAAAAUAAAUUAUUACAUCCUCCCUGGAGAAAUGCAAUUUGAUGGACUGUAUUUCCUUGGCAUAACUUUGACUACUGACCUGAAAUGGGUGGGGUUUGAACAGGUGCACUGUAUAAAAACGACUGGUAACGGCUUAAAGACCAGUAGUGGUGGAUGGCAAAAGUCAUUCAAAAUGGGCAACUGGAUCAUUAAUCAUGGACUGACAUACUUCAUACUGGUGGUCUGGAUGGCCAUCAACAUAUUCAUUUUCGUCUGGUUCUACUUCUUGUACGACUUGGGGGAUCGGUUUUUCUACACACGACACCUUUUAGGGUCUGCAUUGGCCUGGGCCAGAGCCCCUGCAGCCGUCCUCAACUUCAACUGCCUGCUGAUUCUGCUGCCUGUGUGUCGGAACCUGCUGUCUCUUGUCCGCGGCUCCUUCGUGUGCUGUGGGCGAACUAUGAGGAAACAGCUGGACAAAAAUAUCAGUUUCCACAAGCUGGUGGCCUACAUGAUUGGCCUGAUGACAGCGGUUCACAUCAUUGCCCAUUUGCUGAACGUGGAGCGGUACUACAACAGCUGGCAUGGAGAAUAUGAUGCCCUCAGCAUGGCCCUGUCCAGACUUAACGACUCGGGCAACACCACCUACCUGAACCCAAUCCGCUCUACAACCACUACUCCGAACCUCCUGGUGUUCACCACCAUCGCUGGGAUCACGGGCGUAAUCAUCACGCUGGCACUCAUCCUUAUGAUCACCUCGUCCAUGGAGGUCAUCAGGCGCAGCUACUUCGAGGUCUUCUGGUUCACACACCACCUCUUCAUUGUCUUCUUUGCUGGGCUGGUCUUCCAUGGAGCCGGACGCAUAGUUCGAGGUCAAACAAACGCCAAUCCACCAUAUAAUAUCACCUUCUGUAAAGAUCAUAUAGAAGACUGGGGGAAGAAAAAGAUGUGUCCCGUCCCUCAGUUUGCAGGGGGGUUCCCACAGACCUGGAUGUGGGUGAUCGGUCCCAUGGUCCUCUAUGUGUGUGAGCGCUUGCUGCGCUUCAUCCGCUACAUUCAGGCUGUCAAAUACAGAAAGAUAGUGAUUCGGCCGUCCAAAGUACUGGAACUGCAGCUGGUGAAGAAUGGUUUCAAAAUGGACGUGGGCCAGUACGUCUUCCUCAACUGCCCAGCCAUCUCCCAGCUGGAGUGGCACCCCUUCACCAUGACCUCUGCCCCCGAGGAGGACUUCUUCAGCGUGCACAUUCGCUCUGUAGGUGACUGGACCCAGAAACUCAUCAGCAUCGUGGAGCAGCUCCCUGAGGGGGCUCAGGGACCGAAAAUGGGUGUGGAUGGACCGUUUGGUACGGCCAGUGAGGAUGUGUUUGACUACGAAGUCGCCAUGCUGGUUGGCGCUGGAAUCGGAGUCACCCCCUUCGCCUCCAUCCUCAAGUCCAUCUGGUACAAAUUCAAGGACUCCAACCCCGAGCUACGCACCAGAAAGAUCUACUUCUAUUGGCUGUGCAGGGAGACACAUGCAUUCGAGUGGUUUGCAGAUCUGUUGCAGGUGCUGGAGAGGGAGAUGGAGGAGAGAGGCAUGGGAGACUUCCUCACCUACAAACUCUACCUCACUGGAUGGGAUCAGAGCCAUGCAACUCAUGUGAUGGUUCAUGCCGAUGCGGACACGGAUGUGGUCACUGGUCUGAAGCAGAAAACCAACUACGGCAGGCCCAACUGGGAUAAGGAGUUUGAACAAGUGUGCCAAGAGAAUCCGACGUCAGUGGUGGGCACGUUCUUGUGUGGCCCUGUGGUCUUAGCUACCGUCUUGUCAAAGAAAUGUGUCAAAUACACGGACGUCGAUCCCCGAAAGACCAAAUUCUACUUCAACAAGGAGAACUUCUGAGCAAAACAAUGUCUAAUCUGCCCCCCAACCAAAGCUGGCUCUUUGGUCUUCCAAAAUGUUUGCAAAGAGUUGUUUUUAAAACUAUUCAUCUGGGAGCUUCUUGAGUGGUGCAGCGGUACUUCUGGCUGGGAUUUCCUUGUUCCGUCGCGCAUGUUUCGGAGGAUGCAUGGCUUUUGACUUCACCUCUGAGUCCGUAGGGGAGUUGCAGCGAUGGGACAAGACUAUAACCAAAUGGAUAUCAAGAAAUUGAGGGGGGGGGAAUAUAUUUUUACAAGAAUCUGAACAUGACAGAUGCUGUACAAUAUAUCAGCCCUUAAUACCUUUUUGGAUUCUGCUUCCUCCACAGAAAACUGACAAGCCUUGCACAUUUAGACAAAUGUGUACAAAAUGAGAGAAAUAAGCUUUUUGUGCAUAUGAAGCAUUUCAUUUAAACUCAAACAUGCAACCAACACUUUAUAUGUUUUAUUCAGUGUAGAAUAAAGAAUCAACAAUGGCUCUUCAAUCUGAACAUGACACUGAGGCCUUUUGAGUUUCACGCUUUCAAGGUGUAGCUACAGAGAAGGAAAUGAUAGCAAUGUUUUUACAAUAGCCCUAUUGUAUAUCCAUUUCCUUGUAAACUAUACAGGUGCACUUAAGUGUUAAAUGAGGGCGAGGUAUUGCCAGUCAAAGCUACAUAAUCUGUUCUAGAACAAAUGAGUCACAAUCCUAUGAAGCAUGUAUACACAUGUACUUUCCUCACAUUUACAAAAUAAUUCCAAGGACUCUUCCACUCCGUGUACCCCCUCAACCUACACAAUUGUAUGUCCUUUUUCUUAUGAGCAAAUCGUUUAUUUUAAUCUACAAUGACACUUUAAAUCCUCUCCUGUACAUACCAACAUCCCAUCUGAAUAAAAUACAGUACUAAAAUUGUUCUCGUCUUAUUGAUAGACAAUAUAAAAACCCAUAACAUCCGACAAUACUUCUGUUGAAGUGUUGCCAUUUGAAAAUGAACUGACAUUCUUCAAAUCACAAGCACUCACUUCAAUCUUCCAUUAAAAAAAGACAAUAUAAUACAAAACAAUCUACAAAAUGUUUGAAAUUAGGAUGAGGUGACGUCGACAUUAUAGGGGACAGGGAGUUGGUUGUUCUUUAGGGCGCCCCGGCGGUCUUCUGGAUCUGCUCUUUGAGGAUGAGGAUGCUCUGCCUCUGCUCUGGGGGCAGCAUGGCAAUCUGUUCUGGGGUCAGCUGCAGCACCUGCAUGAUCAAGGCGGCCUGGAAAACAAGACAAACUGGUGAACCACACUGCUCUCAGAUCAGAUAUUGACAGGCAGGCAGUAAUGUUAAAACCAAAAUACCUCCAAAAGCACAGCUUGGAUACAGAAGGAAAGUCAGA